UGAAGCUCCUCCCCUCCUGCCUCUCCUGAGGCGGGUCAGCUCAGUCAAAGCACCCGCCCUCCUGCGUUAAAUGGGCCAGCAAGCGCAGCCCCCGGAAACAGGCUGUGCACUCCAGAGCUGUGAGCGUGUAUGGCAGCGGCAACUAAACUAACCGCAGAAAACAUCAUGGCAGAGCAGGUGGCCCUGAGCCGGACCCAGGUGUGUGGGAUCCUGAGGGAAGAGUUGUACCAGGGUGAUGCCUUCCACCAAGCUGACACACACAUAUUUAUCAUCAUGGGUGCAUCGGGUGACCUGGCCAAGAAGAAGAUCUAUCCCACCAUCUGGUGGCUGUUCCGGGAUGGCCUUCUACCGGAAGACACCUUCAUUGUAGGCUAUGCCCGCUCCAGACUCACAGUGGAUGACAUCCGCAAGCAGAGUGAGCCCUUCUUUAAAGCCACCCCAGAAGAAAGACCCAAACUGGAGGAGUUCUUUGCCCGUAACUCCUAUGUGGCUGGCCAGUAUGAUGAUCCAGCCUCCUACAAGCACCUUAACAGCCACAUGAAUUCCCUGCACCAGGGGUUGCAGGCCAACCGCCUAUUCUACCUGGCCUUGCCUCCUACAGUCUAUGAAGCUGUCACCAAGAACAUCCAAGAGACCUGCAUGAGUCAGACAGGCUGGAACCGCAUCAUAGUGGAGAAGCCCUUCGGGAGAGACCUGCAGAGCUCCAACCAGCUGUCAAACCACAUCUCCUCUCUGUUCCGUGAGGACCAGAUCUACCGCAUUGACCACUACUUGGGCAAGGAGAUGGUCCAGAACCUCAUGGUGCUGAGAUUUGCCAACAGGAUCUUUGGCCCCAUCUGGAACCGAGACAACAUUGCCUGUGUAAUCCUCACAUUUAAAGAGCCCUUUGGUACAGAGGGUCGUGGGGGCUACUUUGAUGAAUUUGGGAUCAUCAGGGACGUUAUGCAGAACCACCUCCUGCAGAUGUUGUGUCUAGUGGCCAUGGAAAAGCCUGCCUCCACAGAUUCAGAUGAUGUCCGUGAUGAGAAGGUCAAAGUGUUGAAAUGUAUCUCAGAGGUGGAAACCUGCAAUGUCGUCCUUGGCCAGUAUGUGGGGAACCCAAAUGGAGAAGGAGAAGCUACCAAAGGGUACUUAGAUGAUCCCACAGUGCCCCAUGGGUCCACCACUGCCACCUUUGCAGCAGCUGUCCUCUAUGUGGAGAAUGAACGGUGGGAUGGGGUACCUUUCAUCCUGCGCUGUGGCAAAGCCCUGAAUGAGCGCAAGGCUGAGGUGAGACUGCAGUUCCGCGAUGUGGCAGGCGACAUCUUCCACCAGCAGUGCAAGCGUAACGAGCUGGUGAUCCGUGUGCAGCCCAAUGAGGCUGUAUACACCAAAAUGAUGACCAAGAAGCCUGGCAUGUUCUUCAACCCUGAGGAAUCUGAACUGGACCUGACCUAUGGCAACAGAUACAAGAAUGUGAAGCUCCCUGAUGCUUAUGAACGCCUCAUCCUGGAUGUCUUCUGUGGGAGCCAGAUGCACUUUGUCCGCAGUGAUGAACUCAGGGAAGCCUGGCGUAUCUUCACACCACUGCUGCACAAGAUUGAUCGUGAGAAGCCCCAACCCAUCCCCUAUGUUUAUGGCAGCCGCGGGCCCACAGAGGCAGAUGAGCUGAUGAAGAGAGUGGGCUUCCAGUAUGAGGGCACGUACAAGUGGGUGAAUCCUCACAAGCUCUGAGAACUUACACCAUCUUCACUUUGCCCCUUUUGGCGACCCUUCCUGCAUCUGCCCUCACCAUCUAUCCCUAUAUUACAACUAUUGACCCCAUAUUGGAAGGACUUUGGGACCAUAGGCCUUAGCCACACAUUCCAAUCCCAUUCUCUGUCCUAUGCUGUUGCUGUCGCUGCCACUACUGCUGCUGCCACUGCCACUACCAUUGACUCAAGCUACAUUCCUCAACUACCAGGCAUUCAGAACUCACUGUACUACUUUAUGGGCCGCCAUUGCCCCUAUCUGAGCCACCCACCUUUCCGCAGAUCCGAAUCACCCUCUCCCCUCCAGCCCCUGCAGAAAGAAGAAAAACACCUCUCAGAAAGUCCCUAGACUCCCUAAGACAGGAGUUAGGAACAAUGGGAAGAAACCUUGGGCCUCAGAGGGACAAUGAGCAAACCAUACUCCCUAUGGGCAAGGACCUCAGAACUUGAAGGAAAUGGUCAAGGACACCCAUGUGAGAGGACCUGCCUGUGGCCACCCUGCCUAAAUGUGCUACUUGACAUUCCUCCUCACCAGCUGGAAGAGACCUCACGCUGCCUAGCAAUAUUUUGGGGCCCUAGCUAGAUACCUCCUAACAAACUCAGUACUCCAUAGUCAACCUCAUCCCACACAUAGGUAGCCUCCUGACCAAAGGAAGGCAGGAGCAGCAGCUAGGAUUUACCUACCCCAACCUGCCAUUAAAUUCUCAAACAAUUUUA